GCAGCUUUAUUGACUUUGACAAGGAACAGAAGUGCUGCCACCUAUGCCCAGACACUCCAUAACAUCCCCGAGACUAAUGUCACCACCCUGGAGAACGGUCUCCGUGUGGCCUCCGAGGAGUCCAGCCAGCCAACCUGCACGGUGGGUGUGUGGAUCGGGGCUGGGAGCCGCCAUGAGAACGCGAAGAACAACGGUGCUGGUUUCUUUGUGGAACACCUGGCCUUCAAGGGCACAAAGACGCGGCCUGGCCCUGCCUUUGAGAAGGAAGUGGAGAGUCUGGGUGCUCACCUGAACGGGUACACCUCCCGUGAGCAGACUGCCUUCUACAUAAAAGCCUUGUCCAAGGACAUGCCCAAAGCUGUAGAGCUUCUGGCUGACAUCGUGCAGAACUGUGCCCUGGAGGAGUCUCAGAUUGAGAAGGAACGUGGUGUCAUCCUUCAGGAGUUGAAAGAACUGGACAACAACUUGACAGAUGUCACCUUUGAUUACCUUCAUGCCACUGCCUACCAGGGGACUGCGCUGGCCCAAACUGUUGAGGGGACCACAGAGAACAUCAAGCGGCUGACUCGAGCAGAUCUAGCUUCAUAUAUUGAUACUCAGUUCAAGGCACCUCGUAUGGUCCUGGCAGCUGCUGGAG